AUUGAGAAAUGACAGUUUAUCCAAAACAAUGAAAAAAAUAAACAUUUUUGAAUUCUAAACAUGAUGAAUAUAAUAAAAAAUUUCUGUUAAAAAGAAGCAAAUCUUCUAUCCGUAGUGUAAAUUUUUGAAAUUUUCGUCGUAUUAUGUUCGAUCGGUCAAAAAUAAAUUAAAUAAUUUAAAAAUUGCAUUAGUUUAGUUGUAACAUGGAGCGUCUGUUCUCUCAAUUUUUAGGUUAGUUCGUUUCUUGAAAUUAAUAUUCGACCAUAACCCAAAGCCAUCUAUUUCCGAACAUGUCUCUCUGUUGCCGAUUGCCUGGAUCACGCGUUGGAAGAUUUUAACGUGACUUGUACGCUUGUUUGUUGUUAAUUUACUAUUACAAUUAUAUAUUUGCCGAGUUCAUUAUUCAUAAAUCGCAAAUAUUUGAUCAGUACGAAGUGUGUUGUAAAUGUUUGAGUAGGCACUCAAGGUAUUACUUGUAUGAUUGUACCUAUAUUCGGAUCUCGAAUAGUACACCCCGCCGUGGCUGUUCCUCUCAAUGAAUUUUUUUUGUUGGAGCUACCAGUUAAGGAUUACUAUUUUUAUGCGUUAUUAAGUUAAAACAGUUUUGCGGGUAUUAAUUACUAUAAUCACAUACAUGACGUGUAAUAAGAACAAUGUCAUAAAUUAUGACAGUUAAAAUUAUUUGAAGUACGCUUAUUUUGAGUGUUAAUUGAGUGUUUGAUUCCAGAAGUUAACAUGGAAUCGGAUAGAUCAUCAUUUCCAUUACUUAAUGACACUUUAAACUAUUUGGACGUUGGAAUAACUGGAAAAAUUAAAAAUAUUGUAAGAAACAAAUACAAUACAUUUAUUUUUCACCUGUUGUUGCAAGAGUGUGAAUAUAUUAAUAAUGAGGAUAUUAAUUUGGAUUUAUUAAAUGAACCAGUUAUACCUUUGUCUAAUGUACAACCGGGUUCAUUACUUGCUUGUUUACAUCCUCAAAAUAAAACAUGGAUGCGGUGCUAUGUUGUAUCUAUUUUACACCAACAGGCUAAUGUUGCAUUUUGCGAAACUGGUGAAUUGACUAAAACAAAAAAACUUAAAGAAAUUCCAGAAAAGUACAAACAUAUACCAGUUAUUACAUUUGAAGCUGAGGUUAAAUGCAUUUGUCCUUAUGGAAAAUUACAACAUUUAAUGGAGAACUUCAAAGAUUAUAAUGCAAAAUUUGAACCUAUGAUAAUUAAACCAAACAAUAAAAAAUAUAAGACCAUGAAAACUUUUUUUUAAAACUACAUCUAUUGAGUUUAUCAUAAAAAAUUGGGAUCUACAGAAAUUUGUGAAUAGCGAAGACUCAAAUUAUAAUUCACUUAUGUUUAAAAAUGGUAGUUCUGUUGUCAUAGCAAAAGUAGAAAUUUAUGAUU